UCUUCUUUCUCACUCUUUCUUACCUUUGUUCCUUCGAUCAAUCUUUAUUUUCUGUUGUAUAUAUACAGAUCGAUAUUGAGCAAAGCUAAUUAAACCUCCCUAUAAAUUGGAUCUGCUGCCCUAGCGCUUGAUGAUUAGUAAUCACAAACAUAUAUAGAUUAAUCAUCGAUACUAAUAAACUGAUCAAUAAAGUGGAUCGGAAACAUGGUAAGAGGCCACUUCCUUCGACUGAAUCGGAGAAGAAAGAGGAGGAGGUGGAGUAUGAUAGAAAUAUCUUCCCCGUUUACUCAAGUAGAUCUCAUCAAGAUAAUUCUGCCAUGGUAUCAGCUCUGACUCAGGUGAUUGCAGACACCCAUGAACAAAACUCGCUUCAAGUUGAUCAUCAAGUUCAUGGAAAUCCAUUAAUCUUUUCAGCAGAAAAUCCAGUCGAGCAAUCUCAACCUGCAGUAAUUCUUCAAGCUCAAGGUCAUACGAAACAACACUACAGGGGAGUAAGGCGGAGGCCAUGGGGGAAGUGGGCAGCCGAGAUUCGUGAUCCACAGAAGGCAGCCCGAGUGUGGCUUGGGACUUUCGAAUCAGCAGAGGCUGCUGCACUUGCUUACGAUGAAGCAGCUCUCAGGUUCAAAGGAAGCAAGGCUAAGCUUAACUUCCCCGAAAGAGUUCAAGGCAUCAGCCCUAUAACUUCUAGUGGUCGCUACUUUGCAAUAAGUAGUGGUGCCGGACAUGAUCAGCGAGUAGACAAUUCAGCUCCACCGACUGCACCAAUGUCUCCACCAACAACCUAUAGCAUUCCAGAUAAUAUCGUUAAUUUCGAUCAUGAAGCACAACAUCUUGGGAGUGGUAGUAGUUCUACUAUUGGUGUAUCACCAUCUCAAAACCACGGUCAAGCUGAAAGAAUUAUGCCGCAGAUUAAUGUACCAAAUGUACCAACGACAUCGUCGUCUACAUCCUCGGCUUCUUCCAUGCCAUCUCAUCAUCAAGUACGACUACAGCAGCAAGAUGAUCAGCAGCAGCUCUUAAAAUUUCCAUCAAUACUGCCAUUUGGCGGUUCAUCUUCCAGUUCAUCAGAUCCUCCUGCUAAGUACAGGAGAGACUCCUCCAGGAGGGGUGACUUUAGAAGAUGA